UUGACUUGAAUUGAGAUGCCCUUUUUAUUUAUUCUUAUUUCUGUGAGAACUACUGUAAAAUAUAAUAUUUUAGAUGACUUUAUGCCUCUUAUCUUUCAUUCAGUUUGAUUUGAUACAAAAAUGUUAUGGUGUUUGUUUGCUAUUUGUUUCCCCGUAGAAUUGAACUCAAAUUUAUUUAGAUACUAAUUAUUUGAAACAUGAGAUUAUAAUUUUAAAAAAUUAAUUCAAGACACUGUAGUGCCACAUUUGACACUAAAGAAGUACAGUGUAGGAGUCUCUGGAGUUUGAAAGGAUGAGCAACAAGUCAUUGUAUACAUCUGACAAAGAUGUUGGUUAAAUGAAGAUGUCCCAUCCAGGUCGUUUACCAUGAAAAAAGUCUGUUUUGGUCUGCUUAUGGGGGUGGCUCUCCCAUAGGCACCAAUGCAUUAGCAGUUGAGUCUGUUCUGCUUAGUUCAUUGUCUGUAUAUGAACCAGAAACAAAUUGCAUGUGGGAUGUCUCGCUUUCUCUUCCAUCUCUGCAUCUGUCUUUACAACACCUAAUAUGUCAAAAUAAGGGUGGGGAGGGUUAAACGAAAUGAGUGAGAAAGAGAACUGACACAGGAAGUGGCUGAGCUCUCGGUUAGCUGUGAGAAACUGACUGUGCUGCUGUUUACCACGCUCUACAUAACGGUUCCACUCUGCAUCCAGCUGCUGCAGGAAGACAUUUAGUGAUCUGUAAAGCAUUAAACAGAUUGCUGUAUGUUGGUUAUGUGUGUAUGCCGGAAGAAGGCUGACCGGUUAGGGAGAACCUGUGGAAAAUAAUCACUUCAAGGAACUUUUCACAGAGGGGCAGCAGGACAUCCAGCAAGACACCAACUGAGAUGGGGGGCAGUGGAGAGGAGAAGGAGAGUGUGCAGGGGAGGUUUCACAGGAGACUGUCUCGUCUGGGGAGCAGAGGCUCUAUUAGAGAGCCACCCAGACCUCCACCCCAACCUGUCCAACCCUCAGCCACAUCUCCGCCCCUAGCCCCGGCCCCAGCCCCGGCCACAGUUGACAGUCCCACUCCCCCAGCAGCGAAACCUCCAACCGCUACAGCCCCAGCCCCUAAACCCUUGGAGCUUCCCCCAAAACCCACUGAUAUAAGCCUGAAGCUAAGCCUCCCUCCAAGGCCUCUAACCAGGUGGUUCAGCAGCAAUGAGCAUGGCACCACAGUCCUACAGGGGUUUGAGGUGUUCCGUGGUGACGAGACUCUGUGUGAUGUCAUCCUGGUGCCUGGGGACAGCAGUGACACCUUCCCCGUGCACAGAGUCAUUAUGGCCUCUGCCAGCAACUACUUCAAAGCCAUGUUCACUGGGGGUAUGAGAGAACAGGAUAUGAGGGAGAUUAAGCUCCAUGGGGUGAGUAAAACAGGUCUGAAGAACAUCAUAGAGUUCAUCUACACAUCCCGGCUGAGUCUGAGCAUGACCAACCUGCAGGACACUCUGGAGGCUGCCAACUUCCUCCAGGUCCUCCCCGUCCUCGGAUUCUGCAACAAGCUGCUCAGCACUGAGAUCACCAUUGAUAACUGUAUGGAGGUGGAGCGCAUCGCCAGGGACCUGCUCCUGGAGGAUGUACAGGCCCACAUUGGGAAGUUUGUAUGUCAGAACCUGUCAGCAUUGCUACAGUCUGGCCACUACCUGCAGCUCUCUCAGCCCAGCCUGGCCAACGCCCUGGCCAGCGACAGCCUCAAGGGCUUCUCUGAGAUGGAGCUGUACCGCAUCGCCCGCACCUGGCUGGACCACGACCCCCCCACCCGCCGCUCCACCGCCUACUCCCUGAUGAGCCAGGUCCGCUUCCCCCUCAUGACCCCCACUGAGCUGCUCGAGAUCUCCCAGGAGGAUGAGGGGCACGAUGAUGGCGGAGCGGCCAUGAUGCGCUCGGACACGGCCUGCGUCAACCUCCUGCUAGAGGCCAGCAACUACCAGAUGAUGCCCUUCCUCCAGCCUUCCUUACAGACGGAGCGCACACGCAUCCGGUCGGACACCAAACACCUGCUGGCGCUGGGCGGGGUGAUGAAGCAGCAGCUGGUGGUGAGCAGGGAGCUGAGACUGUAUGAUGAGGAGAUCGGCCAUUGGAGGGCGCUGAGGCCUAUGGAGGUUCCCCGCUACCAGCACGGCGUUGCCCUGCUCGGGGGCUUUCUCUACAUCGUAGGCGGCCAGAGCACCUACGACACCAAGGGCAAGACGGCGUUGGACAGCGCCUACCUCUAUGACCCGCGCUUCGACCGGUGGUUGCAGGUGGCCUCGCUCAAUGAUAAGAGAACCUUCUUCCACCUGAGCACCCUGAAAGGGAAGCUGUAUGCUGUUGGGGGCCGGAAUGCCUCAGGAGAGAUUGACACCAUGGAGUGCUACAACCUUAGAAGGAAUGAGUGGACAUUCGUGUCUCCCAUGGUCGACCCCCACUACGGGCAUGCUGGGACAGUCCAUGGUGACCUGAUGUAUGUCUCAGGCGGAAUCACACGGGACACGUUCCAGAAGGAGCUGUUGUGUUAUGACCCUGAGACUGACGCAUGGAGUCGCCGUGCUGACAUGAUGGAACUGCGUGGCCUACACUGCAUGUGCACAGUGGGCGAUCGGCUCUAUGUGAUGGGAGGGAACCACUUCCGGGGCAGCAGCGACUAUGAUGACGUACUUAACUGUGAAUUCUACAGCCCUGAGGUGGACCAGUGGACGGUGGUGGCGGCCAUGCCACGGGGCCAGAGUGAUGUAGGGGUGGCCGUGCUCCAGGGCCAUAUCUACGUGGUUGGGGGCUACUCCUGGAACAGCCGCUGCAUGGUGGACAUCGUGCAGCGCUACGACCCAGAGAAGGAUGAGUGGGACCGGGUGUUCAAUGUGCUGGAACCCCUGGGCGGCAUCCGGGCCUGCACCAUGACCGUGCAUCUGCCUGAGGGUGCCGUGGACAACGGCAAGAUGCAGGAGUGCCCGCUGGACACUGCAAAGAACUGAAAGCUGAGAUCAAGAACAUAUAGAUUUAGCUUCUCUGUGUUUGAGAUGCUGGAAAGUGUGACUUUUUUGUGGGAGAAGUGGAAAAUGUGCAGUAGAAUUUCUCGAAUAGGUCCCACAAGGGGUUGGAACCGGUUCAGGAAACACAACAGAAAACCGGAAAAUAACAAAACAUUUCAAAGAACAGAAUUGGAACAGGGAAUGAAAGUGAUCCAUACUGUUCCAGAACUGAACCGUUAUUUUUUAAAUGCAUGGCAGCCGGUUAAUAACGUUAUUUUACUUGUCCCACAAAACAAUGCAACAAAGUAUCUAUGGAAAGCCCUCACUCUGUCAUUAAGAAACAUAUUCCAGUGUCUGCCUGCAAGAUAAAUCUUUGCCUGUGAUUUUGAGUGUUUUGGCUAUCUGCCCCUCCCCCCUUUGACGUUACAAGCAUGAUUCAGAAGACAGGGAGAGAUUUUUUUAUAUAUAUUUUUUAAUUAGAGAAGAAUGGAUUAUCUUGUUCAAUGCUAAUUAAGGUUACUAUAAACCCAGUUAUCAAGUU